UUUUUUUUUUAUUUUAUUCAUUGGCCCAACCAAUCGUUGUUACUAUUAUUGUUAUUAUUAUUAUUAUUUUUUUUUUUUUAUAUAUGUGAUGUUCGGUAUAUGUACAUAUUCCAUUCCCUUUUUGUAUUUUCCACCCAUUCCUUUUGUAUCAUAUGUAUCAACACUAUAUUUCUUUGUUUCCCAUUCCAUUUCAUUCCAUUAUUUAUAUAUCUACUGUUCCAUUCACCUACCAUUCUUUUUAUUUAUUUUAUUUUAUUUUUUAUAUAGCUUCUCUUUCCUUAUAUAUAUAUAUAUAUAUGUAUAUAUAUGAUAUGCCCCUUCCUUAUCCUAUCAUUCAAAUCCAUAUAGUCUU